CGGUUAACGAAACAUCUCUAUCGACCGCAGGAAUACUGUAGAAUGAUCCUUUGCCGCUCUCGCGCAAAUAGUAUCGAACUAAGCCACCUAGAAAAGAGAUUCCCACUGCUAAAUUCGUACCACUGUUCCUGCGACCGGCAAAAGUGAUUCUAGUUAUAACUUAACGUGAUUUUUUGGUGUAAAAAAAGUGUUUUUGGAUUUGAAAAAUGUCAGAAAGUAAGCCUGAUACAGUUCCCGGACUGGGAUUCAAAGAUAAAGAGAAGGCUCUGGAUACGUUGAAGAAUCUAGAAGGCAGAGAUCCGGAUUACCAGAAGUUGGCGAUCAAAGGGCUGAUUGGUCGUGCCAAAAGAACCAUAACUCUGACCAAAGACAAAGACAAGCUACAAAACAUAACCGACGCUAUGAAGAUCUUCGAAGACUGGCUAAAAGACUACGAAUACAAAAACCUAUCAAAAGAAAACAGAGCUUAUCUUCCUCUAGCCUCAGUAGAGGCCCUAUUACCUCUCAAAGAAAAAUACGAACUCAAAAACGAACUGGUCGAAAAAUUCUUGAAAGCCUACAAAGAAAAAGCUAAGGGAGAUUACAAAAACUUAAGAACCGUAUCCAGCGGAGAUGAAAAACCAACCUGGGACAUCGUCCGGAACCAGGAAUUGAAGAAAAUCUGGAAAGGAUUUGAAGAGAGUAAACCAGAUUUAUGGAACGAUGACGAUCUUCCAACUAAAGAACAUUUGGAGCUGAUUUUGUGGGCUUACAGUCCUGAAGCAAACAAAAUCAAAAAGAAUCUGUCAAGCUACGAGGAAAAAUUAGGAAGUUUGAAGAUUUCUAGUGAUAAUGAGAAUGAUAGUGAUGAAGAAAAGCCUAAAGAAAAGAAGAGAGAGUCUAGCAAAAGGAAAUCCGAGGGUAGUAGCUCAAGCAGUAGCGGUAGCGAUGAGGAAAGUCCUAAGAAAAGAAGCAAGAAAGAUUGAAGAAUUGUACUUAUAGUGCCAUUGUUUCAAAAUAAAAUUUGUGUACCUAACAGGGAAGCAGGAUUCUUCCCCAAAAUACAAGAAUUAAUUGUUACUAAAUAUUUGUUAUUUUCAUUAUUUGUAUUUUUCUAAAACUUGUACGAAAAUUGUAAAAUAAACAGUACUUGAUAGUA